UAUGACCAAGACAAACUAGGGAAAUGAAUGUUUCCCCUACUUAAACACAACACAGGAGUUUUUACGCAUUUAUGAUAAAUGGCAGCUAUAGGGACGUGGUCUUUCUCUCGCCCUGCUGUAGAGAAAAUGAAAUGUGCGCUUUUAGCUGGACAAAAUUCCACAGAUGUUGUAGAAACGGCAAUGGCAGAGGUUGAAGAUGAUGUAGAAACAGGACGGCACAUUGUUGGCAGAGGAGGAUACCCAAAUUUCAAGGGAGUGGUUGAAUGUGAUGCUGCAAUUAUGGAAGGUGUGCCAGGAAGAUUUGGGGCAGUGGCUGCACUGCAAGGUAUAGCACAGCCAUGUCGUGUAGCUCGCAAAGUGAUGGACAGGAGUCCUCAUAGCUUUCUUGUUGGAGAGGGAGCAAUGGCCUUCGCUCAGGGACUAGGCUUCACAUCUGAACCCAAUGACAACAUGCUUUCUGAUCAUACAGCUGCUGCUUACCAGGACUAUGUUGAUAAGAAUAAAACUGUUUGCGGUGGGCAUGAUACAAUAGGCCUUAUAGCUCUUGAUCUAAGUGGUAACAUAACAGUGGGAGUUUCAACGUCAGGAGCUCCCUUCAAAUCACCAGGGCGGGUGGGAGAUUCUCCACUUCCAGGCUGUGGUCUUUAUGCUGAUCAUACAGUACAUGCUUUACCACUUAGGGCUCCAAAUAUAACUUUUAUAUUUUAGUUAGUUUAUAGUCAUUUGGUUUGCUUAAGUGACCCAAAAACUUGGAUUAGCUGUAUUGUUUCAGAUGAAGAAAUGUAUUAAGGAAUAUACUGUUAGAGUGGGUGCACUUUUUGUUUUCCUUUUUGAACACCUGUGUCAGUAUCACUUUUACAAAUAUGUAGUCUCAGAUUAUAUUCCCCAUACCCAGAUUAAUUUGGUUUUAGAUUAGUGAAAUAAGUCAUUUGAUAAAAUAGAUUUGUAUUGUUGACUUUCAGACCAAGUUGGGGUGAAAGUGCCUAGACUCUAGAUGUCCAUAAUUAGCUUUUUUUUUUUUUUUUUGUGCACCAUUCAAGUAACAUUCAUUUUAUUUGUGAAAGGGUGGUACGUUUCUUUAUUAAUAGAUAUAUAUUUUCUGUAUUUUUUAGGUUGGCGCUGCUGCAGGUAGGUAAUUGUGCUGCUCCUGACUGUUUUGUUGAGAUUGAAUCAUAGCUUCAGGUUUCCUAAAUCUAUUGCCUUUUAAUGUGCUUUUGGUCAGUUCAAUACAAACAUGAGGAUUUACACUUAGACUAAAUACAUUUAAAGUGUAUUUUGUUUCUGUUUACAGCAACAGGUGAUGGAGACAAUAUCAUGUGCUACUGCCCAAGCUUUCAUGUUGUCCAACUGAUGAGACAAGUAUCUAAUUCUGGGUCAACUCCUAAUGAAGCCUGUCGAGCUGUCCUUGAUGACAUACAGAGGAGAAUGGGUGGAGACUCUUGCUUUGAAAUUGGGCUUAUUUCUUUAAAUAUAAAGGGAGAGGUUGGAGCAGCAUCCUCAGUGGAAUUUCCAUACACAUUCUGGACUCAAGGGAUGGAUUCAGUGGAGGAGCUAGUCAUUAACCAACCUUCAUUGAAUACAUCUCUAAACAAUUAAUUUCUACUCACUAAAUGUCCACUCAGUAUUUUUAUUUUUUUUGCUUGUUUCAUCUUGGACUUACACUGACACCUAGUGGCAUGGAUACAGCUUCAUUUAAAAUUUACAUUUACAUUUAUGCAUUUGGCAGAUGCUUUUAUCCAAAGCGAUUUACAGUGCACUUAUUACAGGGACAAUCCCUCCAGAACAACCUGGAGUUAAGGGCCUUGCUCAAGGGCCCAACAGUGGCAUCUUGGUGGUGCUGGGGCUUGAACCCCUGACCUUCUGGUCACUAACCCUGAGCCUCAACCACUGAGCCCAACAGUUUAUAAUUACCAAUGCAGUAAGUGAGAUCAAUUGAUUAGUAUUUGGCUGGUCAUGUGAUGGCAACAUCAUAGCACCCCCCAUGAGGAGAGCCUCUAAAUGCAGAAAAUAAGGUCCCAUGUGAGUCAUCAUGAUUUAAUGCAUAUAUUUCAAAAUGAAUAAGAGGAAAACCUUUUUAAUGUGAAAUAAUUACUGCCUUUAGUACCAACAUGUUACUUUUAAACAUGGUAGGGCCUCGAUUUGUUUACCUUUGCAAUGCUUUAUAUAAUGAUACAUUGUUGAUCACUACACAAUAAAUCUAAAAAGCUGUAAUUUGACUCGGUCUCAUAUGUGACACAGAUAUGAUCAGUGAUCACAAGUGAUUCGCAUUAGCCAAUGCCACGUUUCACAAAUUACGUAAUUCUUUACCCCUCUAGACAGGGGGCAGGCUUCUGGUAGUCUUGACUGAACUCAUCGUGAAGGUUCUAUCAACUGUU